ACAAAAGGGUCGAUUUGCUUAACACUCGAACUUUCCGACCGAAUCGAUGGCGAAUUCAGAUACGGUGAUGCUCGUGAUCAGAUCCUCUCGGCCACAGUUUCGCAACAACCGAGACAAGAUCGCCUUCGUAGUUCACGCUUCCUUCAUCGCCUCCGGUUACAAGCUCGUUGCCACUGGAAGGCCGGCGUUCGCCGAAGACGCACUUUCUUCCUCUCCUUCCCAAGGCGAGGUUGGGAUCGAGGGGUGGAACGAGUUCGAGGAGUACGCGUUUGUGUAUGCGAAGAAAGGAUCGAAGAAGAUUCUGGUCAAGUGUUUGGCGAUAGAUGAUAAGCUUCUUGUUGAUGCUAUAGCUGAAGGUGGAAAAGAAGAGCCUGCUCAUCUCGAGAUUGAAGUUGGGAACUAUGUUGCUGAGUCGAGAGAGGAAGGAGACUACGAUGCAGAGUUUAAGAAUCUGGGGAAGUUAGUCACUGAUUUGCAGAAUCAGAUUCUGUACAAGGUUGCUGAAGGCCUUAAACCUGUUCCUCCUCCUAGGACCCAGUCCAGUUCGGAGACAAAUGAAGAGCGUGAGUCUGGAUAUUGCGUUAGAAGGCCUGUUCCGUUAGGUCCUCAGAUUCACCCAUCAGGGUUGGUAGUUCCUCCGAUCCCAGGCCCAGGUUACAGCGAUCUCAUCCCUGGCCCAGGUGCUGGAGUAUACCCGGUCAGGGGUGGUUUUGGCGAUGGAAGCAUGCUUGUUGGACCGAACGAUCCUCGCAUGUUCCCUGGAGUUGGUGAUCAUCAACCUGGCUUCAUGGGACCACCACAACCGGGUGUUCCACCUCCUGGUGCUCGUUAUGAUCCUAUCGGCCCAGGUUUUGAACCAGGCCGCUUAGGAAGGCAACCUCCAAGGCGGCCAGGAGAUAUUCAUCCUGAUCUUGAGCAUUUUCCCCGCGGUUUUGGUUCAGAUUAUAUAUAGUCAAAAAGUAAAGUCAUCUUCAAAAGAAACUGUGGUCAUGACCAACCACAUGUCUGUGUGUUAUUAGUCUGCGGUAGUGUCUACGUGCAGACAAUAAUAGGAUCUAGUUUGCUUUGCUUUUUGUCCGAAAUUUCUUUCUUUGGUUUUUAUUCCGCAGCUGGUUGUGUUUUAUAACUUUUAAAGUAUAAAUAUAAAUAAAGUUGUUCCU